AUGUUAAUCUCUAAAAGGAGGCACUACGACAGCCUCUGCAUCGUCUGCGGCAUCGCACCCUCCGAUAAAGCACUGGACGUAUACAAUGACCCCGGCUACGACAUGCUCGACAUAUGCAAGAAGGUCGCCGAGACGAUUGCACCGAACCUAUCGGAUCUGGACGAGGAGGAAGUAGGAGCUAUCGUAGAACUCCUCGAGCUUGUCGAAGGCGAUGCCAUCGACGGCGAUGCAAAAGUCGUAGUGGACGAAUCGACCAAGAAGUACUGUAUCCCAACCAGUGCUGGCGUGCGGACGCGUCGCGUGUUCGACUAUGACGCGGGUAACUUCUCAAAGAUCGAGUCCACUAUCGGACCGAGCGGGAAGCGAGGAGAGAAGGUGGAUAAUGUCGUCACGCACACGACCAACUAG